UCUUCCUCCAGCCGCAUCACUCGCCAGUGUGCGCCACCACCACCAUCGGCCUCCAACCUGAGCCGAGCUCUCCGCUCACUCAUCGCCAUCAUUUCCCCUCUUUCCAGCUUUUUUUCCCUACUUGCCUGCCCUGCCCUGUGGACUGUGCUCGCUCGCUUUGCUGCCUUUUCCUCCUCCCCUCUCUUUCUUAAAAGGCUGCUCCCUCCCUCCCUCUCCCUUCUUCCUCUCUCCUCUCUGCAUCUGCCUUCUCUCUCUGCCUUGGCAUGGCUGCCUGAGGUCAAAUACCCAUCCUUCCUCUUUCUUUCUCUCUCUUUCUUGCACAAUCUUCUUUUAACCUCUCGUUCGAGUUUCCAAGGCUAGCUCAGCUCAGCUCACCUCCAUUUGCCUCGGUCUUCUUCCCCAACUCCAUGGCUUCCACGGCGACUGCUGCCACUGCCAGCGACCCGACGCAGCAAAACCGCCUCUGACCUCACCCACCCACCCAACUACAGUUACCAAGCUCCAACCUUCAGCUCAGCUCACUUCAACCAGUGCUUGGGCGGGAGGAUGGAGAGCAGAUGGAGGAAGGCCAAGAUGUCGCUGGGCCUCAACCUCUGCGUCUACGUGCCGCGCACGCUCGACGACGACGGCGGCCCGCCGUCCACGGGCUCCUCCGCGGCCGCGCUCGUCUCGCCGGCGGCCUCCUCCUCGUGCGCCACCAGCGCCAACACCACCCCCACCGCGGACCCGGGCAGCGCCAGGGGCUCCGGCGCGCUCAUGCCGACCACCCCGACGCCCACCUCCGCCGGCCUCCGCCUCUCCAAAUCCGGCAGCAAGUCCUUCAAGAAAACAUGUGCAAUAUGCCUGACCAUAAUGAAACCUGGUCAGGGCCAUGCUUUAUUCACAGCAGAGUGCUCACAUACCUUUCACUUCCAUUGUAUAGCUGCAAAUGUUAAGCACGGAAGCAACAAUUGCCCAGUUUGCCGCACCGAAUGGAAGGAGCUUCCAUUUCGUGGCCCAAUGGUUGCUGAAAUCCCACAAGGGAGUGCAAGGAUUAAUCUUGUUAAUGGGAACCAAAAUAGCGGCCAAAUGACGCUAUUGCGGCCACUCCCUCGUGCCCGUUCUUCUGGUCGCCUUCAUCAUGUGACUUGUUUGUUGCCUGACACUGACCGAAGUAUUUUCAACGAUGACGAACCCUUGGACUUGAGUGAAGCAGCUGAGGACCGUCAGCAGGGAUGUUCGAGAACAGUGGAGAUAGAGACAUAUCCAGAGUUCACUGAAAUACCAGAAAGUACUUCAGAAAGGAACUUCACCGUUUUAAUUCAUCUAAAGGCACCCCUUGCUCAGAAUCUUCUCAAACCUGGCAAUCUUGGAGGUGACAAUGGCCCAAACAUGGGUCGAGCCCCAGUUGAUCUUAUCACAGUGCUUGAUGUCAGUGGCAGCAUGGCUGGUACCAAACUUGCACUGCUGAAGAGGGCCAUGGGCUUUGUCAUUCAAAACCUUGGCUCCUCAGACCGGCUUUCUGUCAUCGCCUUCUCAUCGUCUGCACGCAGGCUCUUCCCUCUCCGUCGGAUGACUGAAUCUGGUCGUCAGAAAAGCUUGCAAGCAGUCAAUUCUCUGACUUCAAAUGGAGGUACUAAUAUUGCUGAGGGUCUGAGGAAGGGAUCCAAAGUGAUCGAAGAACGGCAGGCCAAGAAUCCAGUCUGCAGCAUCAUCCUUUUAUCAGACGGGCAAGACACAUAUACAGUCUCACCAACUACAGGUGCACACAAAGUAUUUGCAGGCUCACCAACUGCCGGUGCACAGAAAGCAUCACCAACUGCCAGUUCGCAGAAAGCAGCGGCGGAGUAUUGUGCGCUUUUGCCAUCUACUAAUGGUAGUCAGCAGGUACCAGUUCAUGUAUUCGGGUUCGGCGCUGACCAUGAUGCAGCUUCGCUCCAUUCAAUCUCACAAACCUCAGGUGGGACCUUUUCAUUCAUCGAGACAGAGGCUACCAUCCAGGAUGCAUUUGCCCAAUGCAUCGGUGGACUUUUGAGUGUCGUAGCCCAGGAUUUGCGUGUAAAGGUGGAGAGCCUCCACCCUGAUGUGCACUUUGGCUCCAUCAGAUCAGGAAGCUACUCCAGCAGAGUUGCAGAUGAUAAGAGGAAUGGGUCCAUUGAUGUUGGUGACCUGUAUGCUGAGGAGGAGAGGGAUUUUCUUAUGUCUGUGAACGUUCCCCAAGGCUGUGGCGACGAGACGAUACUUCUCAAAGUCGGCUGCAUCUACAAAGACCCACUGAUGAAGGAGACCAUCAACAUGGCUGAGGUGCAAGUGAAGAUCUCCAGACCGGCAUUUGUGUCGGUGCAAACCGUGUCGAUCCAGGUGGACCGCCAGAAGAACCGUCUCCAUGCAGCAGAGGUGAUGGCUGCAGCAAGGUUCUCUGCCGAGCGGGGUGACCUGACACACGCCGUCUCGUUGCUCGAGGACUGCCGGAGGAUGAUCAUGACAUCAGCGUCGGGGCAGUCUGGUGACCGUCUCUGCCAGUCGUUGGACGCCGAGCUGAAGGAGAUGCAGGAGAGGAUGGCGAACCGGCAGAGGUACGAGGCAUCCGGCCGGGCUUAUGUUCUCUCUGGUCUGAGCUCGCACUCGUGGCAGCGCGCGACCGCCCGUGGCGACUCCACGGACAGCGAGAGCCUGGUCCAGUCUUACCAGACUCAGUCCAUGGUUGACAUGGUGUUGCUUUCCCAGACGCUGACCCGCUCGUCGACCCCGCGGCAAACUCCGCAGAUGAGACACGCCAAGUCGUUCCCGGCACGCCCGCAGCCUAGGUAGGUAUAAAAACCUGUGUUCCUGCUGUGUCGCCGGCGAUGCCAGUAAGGAUUCUAGCUAAAAUUUAGAUUCUAUGGAGGCAGUAGUGGUGUCAGUUUGAUUCUUGGUUUUUGUGGAGGGGAGGGGAUGGGAUUGGGGGUGGUACAAAUGGUGUGGUAUAAGGAGAUGUAAAUUUAUUUUGGGGGUUGGUAGUGGUGGCGGGGUAAAUGGUGAGAGUGCUGAGGUAAUUCUGUAUUGUAGUUGUGGGUUAGAGAGGGGGAGGACUGGUAUAAGUGUGGGGAAAUGGGGUAUGGAGAAGAGGGUGUUGUGUUGUGUUGGUUAAUUGGUAUGGUAUACUCCACUUAGUAUUGUACUGCUAGCUCCUGUGUGGUGGUUGGUGAUGUACAUAAGGAGAAGGGUAUACAUUUGUGAACUGAACUGAUGGAUACCUGAUCUUUGCAAGGUUAA